ACAAAAAAACACAUGACAGAUGCCCUUGGAAAUCGUCGCUUAAUGUUUGUAUUAAUGAUGCAUAGGAAUCACGAUUUCUCGCCAUCUAUAAUGAAAUAAGUAUAUAUUCUGGAAGCAGUGGGAAAGGGGAAGCUCGAGGCUUUGAAAAAUGGCGGGGAUUCGGUUAGAAGAUUAUGACAUUUCUCCAACUAUGGGAUUCAUUCCGGAGAAACGCCUGGAGAGAUUACCUGAGUAUUUCGAGCCAUGGGAGAAAGUUUGCGACGAUAUUCCACAAAUGGUAAAAGAUGGCACGAUUCGUUCUGCAAUCGACAAGGAAUAUUUCUAUUCCUUUGGUUGGUGUUUCUAAACAUUUAGAUAUGCCACCUGUAGUAACACAUUUUUCACAAGCAAAUUGUAACUGGAGGAAGAUUGGCCCAGAUAACAGUGAUAUUGAACUGAUCAACUCAUUCACUGGGACCAAAGCUGAGGAAGGAUUCUUUAAAUCUGCCAUUGGYGUGGAAUUGGCAUUUGGUAAUGGAGGACCACAGGCUUUGAUAGAUGCUCAACAGGCUGUGCUCAAUGAUGAUGUCAAUCAACUUGUUGCUGCACUUAUAACCUUGAAACRUGUUAUCCACAACUUGACAUCAGCAUUGCUCAAAGUGCACGAGAUUUGUGAUCCAAAAGACUUCUAUUGUUUGUUAAGACCUUUUCUAACUGGAUGGGGUGAUGGUUCUCCACUUACMASUGGAUUGAUWUAUGAAGGUGUGGACAGCGAACCUUGGAAGUAUCCUGGUGGAAGUGCAGCUCAGUGUUCUGUAUUUCAUGCUAUUGAUGGAUUUCUAGGAAUAAAACAUAAAACCACAACUGGCGAGGAGCAUUUUCUUGACAAGAUGAAGUUGCACAUGCCACCUAAACACAGAGCAUUUAUAUCAGCCAUAGAAAACGGACCAUCAGUCAAAUCAUGUAUUUUGCAGAAAAACAGCAACUUUUUGUCUGAGACAUACAACAAGUGUGUGGAUGAAAUACAUGAAUUCAGGAAUGUCCAUGUUCGAGUGGUUGUGAAAUAUAUUGUGUCGCAGGCAAAUAAAUAUUCACGAAACAAGAGCCAAAAGCUCGCUGAACAUGGAACAGGAGGCUCUGAUUUGUUGCCAUUUUUAAAGAGAAUUCGCAGUGAAACUGAAAAMGUGAAACUUUAAGAAUCAAUCUACUUAAUUAACAACUAGACCUCGAGGRCGAUAGGAAUACGUACAUACUAAGUAGUCCACGAGGCCGGGAAGUCUAAUUGUUUUAGUAUUACCAAAUUAGUUGUACAAAUGAAUGUGAAUGAAAUAUUAUAAAUGGCAAAAUGUUUUUAUUGCUAAAGAAUUCGCACUAACUUACUUCUUGAAUUAAAUUUGCGAUAGAGUCUAUUUUCAAUAGUUUUCGACUAGCGAAACUAAGCGCCAACUUUGAUUUUCUUUAGAAAUAUUUUGGGUCAAAUCGAUGUUGUUGUUGUUUUUUUUUUUCACUCCAACCGUGACGUCAAUAGGUGGGCGCCAAUGUUCCCCGAGUUACGUAGGCACAGAAUGUAGGAUUUGCAAUAGUCCACCAUUAUGGUAAUACUAAAAACUUAAACAAUACACCUUUUCAGUUGCGACAGAAGUACAUAACAUAAUGGUUAUGUACUUCUGGUUGCGA